UGUUGCAUGUUGGAGGCUCUGGUGCAGGAAACCAGGAGGGUCCCGUGUCCCAGACGCAGAGCACGCAGGGCUCCAGCCUGGUUUCCUGCCUCAGGAGUCCUGGUGUCCGCCCCAACCCAGAGAGCAGUUUGUGCAAUUUGGAAACUCGAUAGGAGGCAGCAGCUGAUCUCCCACCACCCUAAAAAUAAUCUGCUCCCGCGCCCUGCAUGCUCCGGCAGCUAGCAGAGGAAAACGCUGUCAUCCAAAAUAAGCCAUAUAAGAAGAAAUGAGCCUUUCAUUUUGUGGUAAUAACAUUUCUUCAUAUGAUAUCUACGAUGGUGUCUUACAAAAUCCCUGCUUUGUGGAUGCACUCAACUUGGUCCCACAUGUCUUCCUGUUGUUCAUCACUUUUCCAAUAUUGUUUAUUGGCUGGGGAAGCCAAAGUUCCAAAGUGCAAAUCCAUCACAACACGUGGCUGCACUUCCCUGGCCAUAACCUGAGAUGGAUCCUCACAUUUGCUCUCCUGUUUGUACACGUAUGUGAGAUAGCGGAAGGCAUCGUUUCAGACUCCCGGCGUGAGUCUAGGCAUCUCCACCUCUUCAUGCCAGCUGUGAUGGGAUUUGUUGCCACGACAACCUCAAUUGUAUACUAUCAUAAUAUUGAAACGUCAAAUUUUCCUAAAUUACUUUUAGCUUUAUUUCUGUAUUGGGUGAUGGCAUUUAUUACUAAGACAAUAAAGUUGGUCAAGUACUGGCAGUCUGGUUUGUGGAUGUCGGACUUGCGUUUCUGCAUCACGGGCAUGAUGGUCAUCUUGAAUGGGCUCCUGAUGGCUGUGGAGGUCAAUGUCAUCCGCGUCAGGAGGUACGUGUUCUUCAUGAACCCCCAGAAAGUGAAGCCACCUGAAGACCUGCAGGAUCUGGGCGUGAGAUUUCUUCAGCCAUUCGUGAAUUUACUGUCCAAAGCCACAUACUGGUGGAUGAACACACUCAUUAUAUCUGCUCAUAAAAAGCCCAUUGAUCUGAAGGCAAUUGGGAAAUUGCCAAUAGCCAUGAGGGCAGUCACGAAUUACGUUUGCCUGAAAGAUGCCUAUGAAGAACAAAAGAAAAAAGUAGCUGAUCGUCCAAACCGGACUCCGUCUAUAUGGCUGGCCAUGUACAGAGCCUUUGGGCGGCCGAUUCUACUUAGCAGCACAUUUCGUUAUUUGGCUGAUUUACUAGGUUUUGCCGGACCACUCUGUAUUUCUGGAAUAGUUCAGCGUGUGAAUGAAACCCAGACUGGGACAAAUAACACAACGGGAAUUUCAGAAACGCUCUCAUCCAAGGAAUUUCUUGAAAAUGCGUAUGUUCUCGCAGUUCUUCUCUUCUUGGCUCUUAUUCUACAGAGGACAUUCCUGCAGGCGUCCUACUAUGUAACCAUAGAGACGGGCAUUAACCUCCGUGGAGCACUGCUGGCCAUGAUAUACAAUAAGAUAUUGAGGCUGUCCACUUCUAACUUAUCUAUGGGGGAGAUGACCCUGGGACAGAUCAACAACUUGGUUGCCAUUGAAACCAACCAACUCAUGUGGUUCUUGUUCCUGUGUCCCAAUCUAUGGGCUAUGCCUGUUCAGAUCAUAAUGGGAGUGAUUCUGCUCUAUAACUUACUUGGCUCCAGCGCCUUGGUUGGCGCAGCUGUCAUUGUGCUCCUUGCGCCCAUGCAGUACUUCAUUGCCACAAAGUUGGCAGAAGCUCAGAAGAGCACUCUGGAUUACUCCACAGAAAGACUCAAGAAAACCAAUGAAAUACUGAAAGGCAUCAAGCUUCUCAAGUUGUAUGCCUGGGAGCACAUUUUCUGCAAAAGUGUGGAAGAAACAAGAGUGAAAGAACUGUCCAGUCUCAAAGCGUUUGCCCUGUAUACCUCACUGUCCAUCUUCAUGAAUGCAGCCAUCCCCAUAGCAGCUGUUCUUGCUACGUUUGUGACCCACGCCUAUGCCAGCGGGAACAACCUGAAGCCAGCAGAAGCCUUUGCUUCGCUGUCUCUCUUCCACAUCUUGAUCACCCCACUCUUCCUGCUGUCCACCGUGGUGAGGUUUGCAGUCAAAGCCAUCAUCAGUGUUCAAAAACUCAAUGAGUUUCUCUUAAGUGAUGAAAUUGGUGAUGAUAGCUGGCGAACCAGUGAAACUUCUCUCCCUUUCGAGUCCUGUAAGAAACACACUGGAGUGCAGUCAAAAACCAUUAACAGGAAGCAGCCUGGGAGAUACCACCUGGACAGCUACGAGCAGUCGACGCGGCGGCUGCGUUCCAUGGAGACAGAAGACAUUGCAAUAAAGGUCACAAAUGGAUGCUUUUCUUGGGGCAGUGGUGCAGCUACUUUAUCCAAUAUAGAUAUCCGGAUUCCAACAGGUCAGUUGACCAUGAUUGUGGGCCAGGUGGGAUGUGGAAAGUCCUCCCUUCUUCUCGCCAUCCUUGGUGAGAUGCAGACACUGGAUGGCAAAGUUCACUGGAGCAAUGUAAAUGAAUCUGAGCCUUCUUUUGAAGCAACCAGAAGUAGGAGCAGGUAUUCGGUGGCCUAUGCUGCCCAAAAACCCUGGUUACUAAAUGCCACAGUAGAAGAAAAUAUCACCUUUGGAAGUCCUUUCAACAAGCAGAGGUACAAAGCUGUCACGGAUGCCUGUUCUUUGCAACCAGACAUUGAUUUAUUACCAUUUGGAGACCAAACUGAAAUUGGAGAGCGGGGCAUCAAUCUGAGUGGGGGACAGAGACAGAGGAUCUGUGUGGCACGAGCUCUCUAUCAAAACACCAAUAUUGUCUUCUUGGACGAUCCUUUCUCUGCUCUAGACAUCCACCUGAGCGAUCACCUCAUGCAGGAGGGCAUUCUGAAAUUUCUCCAGGAUGACAAGAGAACUCUUGUUCUAGUGACUCAUAAGCUGCAGUAUCUGACCCAUGCUGACUGGAUCAUUGCCAUGAAGGAUGGAAGUGUACUCAGAGAAGGGACUUUGAAGGACAUUCAGACCAAAGAUGUCGAGCUGUACGAACACUGGAAAACACUUAUGAACCGUCAGGAUCAAGAACUGGAGAAGGACAUGGAAGCUGACCAAACCACUCUAGAGAGGAAAACUCUGCGAAGGGCCAUGUAUUCCAGAGAGGCCAAAGCCCAGAUGGAGGAUGAAGAUGAAGAGGAAGAGGAGGAAGAAGAUGAAGAUGAUAACAUGUCCACUGUAAUGAGACUAAGAACCAAGAUGCCCUGGAAAACCUGCUGGCGAUACCUCACAUCCGGUGGAUUCUUCUUGCUCUUCCUGAUGAUUUUCUCGAAGCUCUUGAAGCAUUCGGUCAUUGUGGCAAUAGAUUAUUGGCUGGCCACAUGGACAUCAGAGUAUAACACUGAGAAAACUGACAAGACCUACUAUGUGGCUGGAUUUAGCAUACUUUGUGGCGCAGGCAUUUUUCUUUGCCUUGUGACAUCUCUCACCGUGGAAUGGAUGGGUCUCACAGCUGCCAAAAACCUUCACCACAAUCUCCUCAAUAAGAUCAUUCUUGGACCAAUAAGGUUCUUUGACACCACUCCCCUGGGAUUGAUCCUCAAUCGCUUUUCAGCUGACACUAACAUCAUUGAUCAGCAUAUCCCGCCAACUCUGGAAUCUCUAACUCGCUCCACACUGCUCUGCCUGUCUGCCAUCGGAAUGAUCUCCUACGCUACUCCUGUGUUCCUCGUCGCUCUCGUGCCCCUUGGAGUUGCCUUUUAUUUUAUCCAGAAAUACUUCCGAGUUGCCUCUAAGGACCUCCAGGAAUUGGAUGACAGCACCCAACUUCCGCUGCUUUGUCACUUCUCAGAGACAGCUGAAGGACUCACCACCAUCCGGGCCUUUCGGCAUGAGACCAGAUUUAAGCAACGUAUGCUGGAACUGACAGACACAAACAACAUUGCCUAUUUAUUUCUCUCAGCUGCCAACAGAUGGCUGGAGGUCAGGACGGAUUACCUGGGAGCUUGUAUUGUCCUGACUGCCUCAAUUGCAUCUAUCAGUGGGUCUUCCAAUUCCGGAUUGGUCGGCUUGGGUCUGCUGUAUGCACUCACGAUAACCAACUAUCUGAACUGGGUUGUGAGGAACUUGGCUGAUCUGGAGGUCCAGAUGGGUGCAGUGAAGAAAGUGAACAGUUUCUUGACUAUGGAGUCCGAGAACUACGAAGGCACCAUGGAUCCUUCUCAAGUCCCAGAACAUUGGCCACAGGAAGGGGAGAUCAAGAUUCAUGAUUUGUGUGUCAGAUAUGAGAAUAAUCUGAAACCUGUUCUUAAACAUGUCAAGGCUUACAUCAAGCCUGGGCAGAAGGUGGGCAUAUGCGGUCGCACUGGCAGCGGCAAGUCAUCCUUAUCCCUGGCUUUCUUCAGAAUGGUUGACAUAUUUGACGGAAAGAUCGUCAUUGAUGGGAUAGACAUUUCUAAACUACCCCUACACACACUGCGCUCCCGCCUUUCCAUCAUUCUGCAGGACCCAAUACUCUUCAGUGGUUCCAUUAGAUUUAAUUUGGAUCCAGAGUGCAAAUGCACAGAUGACAGGCUCUGGGAAGCUCUAGAAAUCGCUCAGCUGAAGAAUAUGGUCAAGUCCCUGUCUGGAGGUCUAGAUGCAGUUGUCACGGAAGGUGGGGAGAAUUUUAGUGUGGGACAGAGACAGCUGUUUUGUCUGGCAAGAGCCUUUGUUCGCAAGAGCAGCAUCCUCAUUAUGGAUGAAGCAACAGCCUCCAUUGACAUGGCUACAGAAAAUAUUUUACAGAAAGUAGUGAUGACAGCCUUUGCAGACCGCACCGUCGUUACCAUAGCUCAUCGCGUUCACACUAUUCUGACAGCAGACCUGGUAAUUGUGAUGAAGCGUGGAAAUAUUCUAGAAUAUGACACACCAGAAAGCCUCCUGGCAAGGGAGGAUGGCGUGUUUGCUUCUUUUGUUCGUGCAGAUAUGUGAAUGGAUCUUAAUGCGAUGCAUGUAUUUAAAAUCAUGCAGUAAUAAUGCACAUCUUAGGUUUAUAUAAGCCUGACUUUUAUAAAGUAGCAUCUUAAA